AUGUCUGUAUCUGAGUAUACCGACAAGUUUGAAGAGCUGUUCAGGUUCUCCCGUAUGUGUCAGAGGACUCCGGUGGACUAUGAGGAAUGGAAGUGUAUUAAGUAUGAAGGAGGACUUCGGAGUGAUAUCUUCAGUUCAGUGGGACCAAUGGAGAUUAGGACUUCCUCCGAGUUGGUUAACAAGAGUAGGGUUGCUGAAGAGUGCGGAAGUCACCAUCCGGGAGCCCCGUGCAAGGCCGGGUGGGGCUUGUGCUAUUCUUGCGGCAAGGCGGAACAUAAAGCCGCAAACUGUCCGGAGAAGCAAAAGCAAGGUGCACGAAAAGCACAGCAGACUGGCUGGGUGUUCACCACUUCAGCUAUAGGCACUGAGGGAUCUGAGUCACUUAUCCGAAGUAACUGUGAAAUGACUGGUCAAACUUUAAAUGCUUUAUUUGAUUCAGGAGCAUCGCACUCAUUCAUUUCAUUUGAAAAGGCUCAUGAGUUAGGAUUGAAGAUUGUAGUCUAA